AUGCUGUCGCUCUCUCGAGUUGCAAGCCUCAUCUGGGACGUCUGGGGCGAGCCCUUUGCCACGGCGAUCGGAGCCUAUGAGCCUCAAGACCGUUCGUACGGGCGAUGGUCGAUCCCCUUUUCGCCCAUGGAGAAGCGCCUCUACGAGAACCCCGGGAUCGACGUGCAGUUCCACAAGGUCAUGAUGCCCAACGGAAAGGACUGGGUCUGGUACCAGGUCUGGCAGGACCCCGCUGCGAUGCAGAUGACCGGAAGGCGCGCAGACAUGAUCUUUGUCCACGGAACGGGAGUCCACUCUGGAACGCUCGCAAGCCAGUGCCGCCGCUACCUCGAUUCCGGCUUCCGACUCCUGGUCCCGGACCUGCCCUCGCACGGCUACUCGUCUGGAAUCCACGUCUACCAACGGCACAUGUCUGGCUAUACGGCGGGCCUCCGAGCCGUCCUGCACGACGUUGCGCGGCGCGACGACGCCGAGGUCGGGCCUGGCUUCAAGCUGACCAAGACCGAGAGGCGCAAGACGUUCAUGCUCGGGCUGUCGUUUGGCGGUCUGGUCGCCUUUUCCUACGCCGUCCACUACCCGGCGUCGCUGCGCGAGGACGAGAGCGAUCCCGACGAGAUCCCCAUCGACGGCAUCAUCGGAGUCGGCCCCGUCGUCAACCACAACCUGCGGUACGUGCCCAUCUCCAAGGGGCUCCGCGUCGGUGCCUGGAUCGCCGAGAGGAUCUUCCGCAUGGGCCGGUUCGAGCUCAUGGUGCCGCACAAGAAGUCGGUCGACCGGGACCCAAAGGUGUACGACGCCCUCAUCAACCAGGACAAGCGCAGCCACCAGGGCGCGUUCCGCAUCGGGCACCUGUUUUGCAUCGACGAGGCCAUGGUGGCCAUCAACGCCGCCGCGUCGACGAUCAAGCACCCGUCCUACGUCCAGAUGGGCUCGCAGGACCGCGUCGUCGACAUCCCCGCCACGCUCAAGUGGUUCCGCAACGUGGGCGCCGACGACAAGCGCUUUGAAAUGUACCCCGUCUGCCAGCACGUCGUCUACCGCAAGGCCAAGGUCGAGGCCGAGGACCUGGCGGGCCGCAUCACUGUCAUCGACGACAACGUCAAGUGGAUGUGCCAGCGCUCGCCCGCCUACGUGGGCAGCCGGUACCGCCGCAUGCGCUCCUACAGCUCCAACAUCAGCUCGCUCAGCGACGGAUCCAAGGCCUCGCUCUUUGACCACGACGACUCGCUCAGCGAUGCCGGCUCGGUGUGCACCUCGGUCCUCAGCACGCCCGUCGUGCCGCGCGAAGACUUCGACUUUGGCGGCUUCGCUGGCAGCCAGCGACCCUCGUUUGACGCCGGCGCCGCUGCCGUCGCAGCUGGCCCCUCGUAUUCGUCGGCGCUCCGGGCUAAGCCGAUCGACGAGAGCGUCAUCCGCCGCAAGCUGUCGUACGGCGAGAUCAUCCCCGUUGGCAGCCCCGACGAGUGGGACACGGACGCCGACGGCGAGCGCAUCCUGCGCAGGCCCUACUGGGACCACGCCGAGGAGUGGCGGCCGUUCCAGCUCUACCCGCACUGGUGA